AUACUACCAAUCAGGUCAAGAACGACUCUACAAUCAUACGAAUCGGGAAAGUGCUUCGUCGAAAUAUCGAGCGACUGGCUGCCUCGUCGUCAUGCCUGUUGAGGAAUAAUAGAAUUGAUUCGCGUCUCAACUCUCUCUCUCUGCUGAGCAAUCGCUCGUCGUCGUUGCCUUUUACAUCGAAAAGCAUAAUCGACUGAGUCGCUGAGUGUUAGUCAUUGAGCAACAUGGCGAGCGCUCAAUGGUGGUAGGUGGAUAUUUUGCACGACGCGGAAACGUCACACAUGCUGUCCGUAGCUGUCAAACUCGUAGGGAAGCAGAAGAAUGGAGCUGUUUCGUACUGACACUCAUUUUAUCUUUGUGAAAGAGAGGCACAGCCUCUGGUGCGACAAGUUUACCGGCGAAUUCGCCGCGAAAUCAGAUUGGGAAUGGGCCACGCCGAAGGACUUAGAAUGCCUGGGAAUGUUUUACGGAAUAGUGGGAAAAAUUGAACAGACAUCGGUAUUAGAGUCUCGCUUGAUGCUCAUAAAGGAUGUCACGCCAGCGGGUGAAUUGCACGGUGGUCACGUUGUUUACAAAAUCAAAUCCAUUGCAUUUUUACACUUUGGUAUGGAGAAUAUGGAUAUUGGCUUGUUGCCUUGCAAGAAACAUCAAUAUGUAUUGAAGAAAAAAGGGAGCAGUGGAUUGUUUGAUGUGCCACAGAAAGCGGCUCUGGCAAAAACUUGGGGCACAAUUAAGAAUGCUACAAAUACUAUAAAAAAUACCACGCAACAUGCUGCAGCAUUGGCUACAUCACAGAUGAAGUCCACAGUUAUAAAACGCAGCAUUGUGAAGGAUAAAGAGAGAUUUGAGAAGAGAAUAUUGGAAGAGCUGAAUAAGAUAUUUACUGAAACUGAUUCAUUCUUCUUCUGCCAAACUGGUGACAUUACUAACAGCUUACAGCGACAAUGUAUAAUAGAAUCUCAACAAGGACAAGAUUAUAAUCAGGAUAAGCCAUUGUGGCAACGUGUGGAUGACAGAUUCUUCUGGAACAAGCAUAUGUUACAGGAUAUUAUUAAUCUGAAUACAGAUAAAGCAAAUUGCUGGAUAUUACCUAUCAUUCAAGGUUAUGUCCAAAUAGAGAAAUGUAUAGUUGAAGUAGGUUUUGAUGAGCAGCCACAACAAGAGAUAUUUAAUUUAGCAAUUAUAUCAAGAAGAAGUAGGUUUCGUGCUGGAACUAGAUACAAGAGACGUGGAGUAGAUGAUGAUGGCAAAUGUGCAAAUUAUGUUGAAACUGAACAAUUAGUGUGGUAUCAUGAUCAUCAAGUGUCUUUUGUACAAGUACGAGGAAGUGUGCCAGUGUAUUGGUCUCAACCUGGGUAUAAAUAUAAACCUCCACCACGGAUUGAUAAAGAUGAAGCUGAGACACAGAUAGCAUUUGAAAAGCAUUUUGAUGAAGAACUUACGUUGUACGGGCCUAUUUGCAUUGUUAAUCUAGUAGAACAAUCUGGCAAGGAAAGGAUCAUUUGGGAAACUUAUAGUAACCAUGUAUUUAACUAUAAUAAUCCAGAUAUAACGUACACUACUUUUGAUUUUCACGAGUAUUGUCGAGGAAUGCAUUUCGAGAAUGUAUCUAUUCUGGUUAAUGCAUUAGCUACAAUGCUAGCAGAUAUGGGUUACUGCUGGCGCGAUAAACAAGGUACGAUUUGCAUGCAAAAGGGUGUAUUUCGUGUAAAUUGCAUAGAUUGCUUAGAUAGAACAAACGUGGUGCAAACCGCGCUGGGUAAAGCUGUUAUGGAAAUGCAGUUUUCAAAACUGGGGCUAAUACCACCUGAUGGUACUCUGCCUGCAAAUAUAAGGCAAACUUUUCAAUCGCUUUGGGCUAAUAAUGGAGAUAUUAUUAGCAAGCAAUAUGCAGGAACAAAUGCUUUAAAGGGAGAUUAUACACGUACUGGGGAGAGAAAAUUUACUGGACUGAUGAAAGAUGGCAUGAAUUCCGCAAAUAGAUAUUAUCAACAACACUUUACGGAUGACUUACGUCAGGCGGCGAUAGAUACGCUGCUAGGAAACUCGAUUGACGUUCACCAACUGAAUAAUGAUUGGUCACACUAUUUAGAUAUCCUUGAUAAUUGCUGUCUUGAACUUAUACCUAUGAAACCACCAAAUAUACAACUUCAACUUGCUACUCAUCCUGACUUCCUUUAUGCCACUGCUCUAUAUAAUUUAGCAAGAUACUAUUUGAAUCGCUUUAAGGAUGUUUAUAGACAAGCAACGAUUGAUAUGAUGUUGGGAAAUUCGGUGAGCGAGGAAAUGUUCCUAGAACGUACAGAUGAAGAAGAUAAUGCAGCGACUGCAAUUCAUGUGAAAUUGCUGAUUGAAGAUUAAAAAUUAUUAAUACCUGAUCCGGAAAUCAUUUUAGGCAGUUGGGGAGUUAUCGAUGCUGAUCCUGUUACUGGUGAUCCAACAGAGACGGAAAUGGAUACUAUUUUGAUAUUAACUCGAGAUAGUUAUUAUAUUGCCGACUAUGAUGAUCAAAUUGAUAAAGUUACAAACUAUCAACGAGUCUUAUUAGAUGACAUCGUAUUAAUUGAAUUUGGUCAACCUGAAAAUAUGGUCUCAUUCUUAAAAAAUAAACAUUAUCAUUGUAUUAGAAUCAAUUAUAAGGUAAAUGGCGAGUACGGUUACUUUCAUAUGUUUCGUAGUACAAAUUUAAGGUUUUUCAAUAAUAUGGCGGUUGUGAUCAAAACCGAAGAGGAAAGUAUAGAAUCUUUAAAGGCGAUUUGUGAAGCAAUUUCAGUAGCUAUGGAAAUAGCAAAUUUGCCAAAAGUUCCCAUAGCUAUGAAUGUUACAUUAGAUAAAAGAAAGAGUAAAUUAGUAAAUGUUAAGGGUUCUACUGGAUUAUUGGAUAUCUCAUCAUUUCCAGAAUUGACAAGAAAUGUAUCUGAGACACAGCUGCUUGCUCUGAAAACAGCAGGUACAAAAGCUUUAAGCAAUAUGUCGGAGCAAUUUAGCAAAUUAAACAAACUGAGUCAGACUUUCAGCGCAAAGAAACCAAUUGAUUUAGCGAAGAGUAUAAGUAAUAGAAAAACAGAAAAAUUAUCGAAGCCGAUCUUUACUGUUGGCAACAGAGAUAUCUCAGGCAAUGUAAAAGAGAAAAGUAACAGUAGUAGCGGUAGCAGCAGCGAUGACGAAAAUAUCGAAAUGACAUAUAUGCACAUCGAGAAACCAGCAAACUUCAGUCAUGACAAGAAUUUGAUGGAAGCUUAUACUCCACUGAUUGGUAUUAUUAUGGGUGUGAAAAAUACUAAUGUUGUAGAUGGCAGUGUUUGUGAUACCAGCGUAAAUGAGGAAUUAUCUACAAUGAGACAUAAAGACGUGAAUUUAAAUUCGAAACCCGAUAUAGCUAUCGACGCAUUGCAUCUGAUUCCGCAAACUGGAUCUGGUACUAGCACUCUCAGUGCUUCGCCGCAGAAAACUACGGCGACUACACCGGAGAUAACAGUUUACGAUGUAGGAGAUAAUUUAGGCGAGGAAAGAGAACGAAUGAUGCCAUUAUCUACCUUAACAUUUUCUAAAAAUAUCAGUCAUUCGACAGGAGAUGUUGAUAAUAAAACGUUAUCGACCAGCAUUAAGAAUACUACUCUUCAAACAGACAACAGGUUGGAUGAGAAAAAGAGAUCAGCUUCUGAUCAGAACUUGACGCUGAAUAUUACAUCAUCUCAAAGCGAAUCUGCCUUAAAAUCUAUAAAGGAAAAUAUCGCAAGUGUUACUAGUCCAGUAGCAUCCACAGCCAAAGAUAUUCUAUUGCCGUUUUCAAAAUUUGCGAAAGGUGUUCAAACAUUAGGAGCUAAUUUAGAUCCCAGGAAGCUGAAAACAGGCCACGUAAUGCGAAAUUUGUCAGAACAUCAUAUGGAAGAGCGUCAAAAACUUCAAGAAAAAUGGGCUUCUUGCCAGUCUAAACUUAUUGCUUUAUAAAUUUUGAUCACCCGAAUAUCAGCUUUCUGAAUGUGAUCCAUUAAAUAUCAAUUUGGAGCUUAUUGAUGAAUGUGUGCUCGUAAAUAUUAACAAUAUUUGCGAAUAUUAGUAUUUACGUAAAUAUUAUUAUAUUAAUAUUUACGAAUAUAAAAUGUAUUAGAAAUGCAGUAUAUCAGCGACAUAAAUGCUCUCACGCAAAAAAAAAAGAAUAAAGUAUUAAAGCGUU